AUGGACGAAGUUGUAUCUGAAAUUAAAAUUUAUUGUAGAAAAAAUAAUUCUAUAACAAAAGAUGAAGCUUGCUUAAAAAUUAUUGAAGGCUUACCUCGAAAUCAAUACCUUUUCCUUCCUGAAGGUGAAAUAUUUGUAGGAAGGAAUAAUUCAAAUUAUAUCGUUAUAAAAGACCAAGAAAUUGAUGAAAAGAAUACAAAAAUUAAAAAUUAUCACGGAAAAGUUGAUAUCAUCUGCAUUGGUUCUAAAUCAGAAACUUUUGUUAAUGGAAAACAACUCAAAUUACGUACUUUAUAUACUUUACAAAAAAAUGACUUAAUUAAAAUAGGACGUUGUACUUUUCAAUACCUCCCUGCUGGAGAAUUUAAGAAUUUUAUUGAUCCACUUUUACAAAUUUAUAACAAUGAUUACUUGUGCAAAAGCUUGGAAACUGGGUUUAGGAAUGGUCAAUAUAUGAAUUUAUUGUUGUUGACUUGUGAUUUAGAUUAUUUUGGAAAAAUCAAUAAAAACUAUGGUCAUGAAGCUGGAGACUACGUUUUAAUAGAAUUAUCAAAAUUAAUUCAAAAUAAAUAUGGGUAUAAAAAUAUUUUUACUAGAUAUGGAGGAGAGAAAUUUGCCAUUCUUCUCAUUAAUACAAAUUUAGAGUCGGCUUAUGUAACUGCUAAGGAAAUUCGGUCUUCUAUUGAAACUAACCCAUUUACUUUUAAAGACAAAAACCUACCGUCGAUUACGUUUAGUAUUGGUGUUUCUGGAGUAAAUUCUUUGGUGAAAAAGCCUAAGGACUUAUUGAAUCAUGCCGAAGAAGCUUGUAAAAAGGCCAGAGAAUAUGGUCGUAAUAGAGUAAUAAUAUGGGAAAACGAACAAAUUUCAAUCCCACAAGUUAUUCUAACUGAAUGGAUUCGGAAAGGUGUGUGUGAUGUAAGUGAUAUAAGCAAAGAUAUGGUCCAAUCCCUCCAUGAAUCUGCUAAUAAUGGAAGUCAUUUAGGACAAGGAUUGAUUGCUUUGUGUUUUCUUUUUGGAAUCAGAGUAGAUCAAGAUAAUGCAAAAGCUUUUCAAUGGGCUAGGAAAUCAGCACUAGCCCAAGUGGCAUUACAAUUAAAAUUCCAACCACUCAUUCUAUCUCAAAUCCCACCAUUUCCACCAAAAGAGAAUAAGGUUUUGAAGAUAGAUAAAAAAUGGGAUACGAUUUUGGGUGAAAAAUUACCAUUAAUCGAACCCCAACAUUAUUUUAUGCUUAGUAAACUUAUUCCUCAACCAAAAUUAUUAUCUCAUGAAGUUUAUAGAAAUGUGGCAGCAGCUCUUCCGUAUAUUCGACAAAAAAUUAAAAUGUGGGGUGUUGAUAUUCUUAAAGCAGAAAACUUUGCGAAUUUAGUCAAUGAAGAAGACGAGGAAUCUUCCGAUGAUGAGUCAAAGGAUGAAAACAAAAAAUUAAUAAAAAAAAAUAGAUUAUCUAGAUUCGAUUGCUUUGCUGCUUUACUUGCCUCUGCUGAAUCCACUGUUAUUCAAGAAAUAUUUCAAACCAUAUCGCAAUCUUCAAUUGCAUUUCCUUUAUUGAUACCCGGCUUAGACGAAGCAGAGAAGUUUAAAGUAAUGCUUCCUUUGUUGACCGGACCAGCUAUCAAAUGGUAUACAAGCAAUGGAUCAAUUAUAGAAAAUCAUCUUUUUGAAGAUUCUUAUAAGAUGAUUGUUGCAGUUCGGAUUGGAAUGAAUCCUCAAGGAAAAAGUACCAUACUUAAUCAGUUGAUGACUUCAAAUUAUAUGUUCACAUCAUCAUCUGAGCCAAGGGCCGAUUGUGGAAUUCCAUACAUGAUCAAUGGAAGUGUUGAAUUUGUAUGGUUGACAGAAAAGACUUGUGGUCCCGAUCUAUGGAAUAAUGUUUUUAAAAGUUACUAUAAUGAAGGGAGGAAUGAGAUUGUAUUGCUUGCAAAUUUACAUGGUGAUGCUUUAGAUUAUCCUGAUCAAAUUGAAUUUCUAAAGCAAUUACCUUCUUGUUUCUUGGUUUUCUUAAUGCCGGGACAUAAUAAAGAUCAAGAAGUUGAGUUUAGGAACUUAAUUGGUUCAAAAAAGGCUAUAUACAUCCAUGUUGAUUCCGAGAACAGUGCCGAGAACAGUGUAAAUAAUUACACAAUUAAUACAAAUUCUAUAAUAUGCAAUGAAACAAUAACAGAAGCUUGUAAAAUGUUUAAAGAUGUUUUAUAUCCUGAUCCUGUUGAUUUUACCGGUACUGAUUUUGGUAACUUAUCAAUUGUUACGUUAAAAAUCGGGGAAACACUUCAACUUGCCGAAAAAAUAGAAUGCGUUGAAUCUCAGGAAAUUAUAAAUUUUAUUAGUGAAAAAACUUGUCGUCAUACUAGAUUAGAGAUUAUGCAACUUCAAAAAAAACAAAGUGGAUCUGAUUGUAUACAAUUUUGGGAACGUACACCAGAUUUGCAAGAAUUAAUGCAGUUGUUCAGUUCCAUCAUGGUCCUACCAAUUAGAAUAAGAAGAAGAGCUUUGAUACAUCUUAAAAAAGAGAUAUCUAGGCUUUCUACAGUUGAAUCAUCUAGAUUUCGAAAUGAUGCUAUAUCAAAAAGGAAAGAAUUAAAUAACGUGAACAUUUUGUAUAAUGGGGAAGAAAAAAUAAAUAAGAUUCGUGAAGAAAUUACAGAACUUUGGAAAGAAGUUGAUAUUACAAGCUUGGGAAUAGAACAUUUCAUUCGUGAAUUAGGACAAAUGUAUAAAAUAUUUAUUUCUGAUCCAAAAAAAAUUACUUCUGAAAAUGGUCUAACUAAAGAAAAUAUUUCAAAAUUACCAGAAUAUUAUGCAGAGCUGUUAAUUAGUGGUCAAACUAUAGAAUUGGUUGAUGGUGAUUCUGCAACUAUAUCUGAAGCAUGGUUCUUAGCCGUCUGUAAUUGUAUUAAUAAAAAAUUUCCCAAACUUAGGAUUUUUGUAAUCAGUAUACUUGGAUUACAAUCUUCUGGAAAGUCCACUCUUCUAAAUACACUUUUUGCAAGUAAAUUUGAUGUCUCAGUUGGACGUUGUACUAAGGGGAUUUUUAUGCAAUUCUUAUUUUUGGAGAAAGACUUAUCUAAUCAACUUGACGUUGAUGCUUUUAUCUUGAUCGACACUGAAGGAUUUUGUGCACCAGGAAAUAUGGGUGAACUAGAAACCGAAAAGAAGAAUCAAAUUAUAGCAACUUUUGUAAUGCGAAUAAGCCAUUUAACAAUUAUUAACAUACUUGGGGAAUCAGCGAGAGAGUUAACUGAAAUCUUAAAGAUAACUAUUAGGACAUUGACACGUCUUGACAUGUUCCCUGACAUACUUAUGGUGCAACAUGUCGAAGAAAAGAAUACGACCAACUUAAUAGAUUUAGAUCAUGAAUUUCAUGCAAUUCUUCAAGAAGUUUUGGAAACAGUUAAAAAAAAUGAUAGUAAGAUAAAAGCACGUAACUUUGAAUAUAUAAGUAAGGCGAAGGAUAAAAAGCUUCUCAAAUUAUUUGCGCCAUUUAAAGAUAAUAUAAAUUCAUAUUCUUCACCAUCGAAGCAAUAUCAUAAUGAUGUUGUUGAUUUAUAUAAUUCUGUAAUUGAACAUUGUAAUAAUUCCAAAAGUAAAAAAAGAUUUUCAGAUUGGUUUUUACUAAUUAAAAGUUAUUGGGAAGCAGUAUCACGUGAAAGUUCUUCAAGCUCCUCUUUCGCAGAAAUUGAAGAAACAUAUGAUUUUAUUGAGUUUGGGAAACAAAUUGCAAAAUUGAAAGGAUUUAUCGACUUGGCAUUUUUAAAACAUAAGGAAUUGAUCGAAAAUGAAAUUCGAUCAAUUGUUUAUGAAUGGCUUUCAAAUAAAGAUUCGGGUGUGAAUUUAAUUAAUUCAAAAUGUGAAGAAUUGAUUAAAAAGUUAGAUGAUGUUCCUGAGAUUAAAAAGGCUAAUCAAACAAUCGUUAAUUAUAUUAGCACUCGCCGCAAAUUUAUAUCCACAAAGCUUGAAAAUAUGCUUGAAGGAAUAUUAAUACGAAAUAGAUUUUCUGUAUUUAUUGAUCGUAUAUUGGAAAAAGUCUUAAGCACGUGGAAAAAAUUGCCUGAUGAAAAGAAACUUGAAGUAGAAGCAAAUAAAAUAUGGAAUCAAUUACACAAUAAAGUAUCAGCAGAAAAUGAAGACUUUAUAAAUGAAGAAAUAGAUAACAUAGUAAAUGAAGAAUAUGAAACUAUGUGGACAUCUGACUUUUUUACAAAUUACAAAUAUAGAAUUAUUCCAGAAUUAUCUAUGAUCAAUGCAAUAAGUAAUGAGGAUAAACGCAUAGAACAAAAUUAUAUGGAAACACUUAAAAAAGAAAUUAAUAUUGUGGUAGAACAAACUUUACAUAAUAUUAAAAGGUUUAAUCCUAGAAUUGUACGUAAUCUUAAAGACAAAACAGAAAAAAAAUUGAAUGAUCUUUCAACUAAAUUUAAUGUAAAAUUUGAUCCCAACUUUGAAAAGAAUGUUCACGUAUAUAUGCUAUUAAAUUUUAGAGAAGAAAUGGUAGGAGUUCAAUACAAAUGGGAUAAAGAUAAUACACCGCUUAGCGUGCUUAAACAAAGAAAAGAUGAAUAUAUAGAAAUGAUUAAGCUUCGUCUUCAAUAUGGUCAUUCACUUAUUUAUAGAGGUCAUUUGACUGGGGCUUAUUUAUUGAGAGCUAUUCAUAAAAAAGCAAUAGAUGCAGAAAAUCGGGAUCGAAGAGAUGAUGUGCUUAGCAUUCCUUGGAUGAAAAAUUCUGAAACGAUUAGACUUAAAUAUUUUAUUGAACUUGCUGAACAAAUUCAUAACGGUGACAAAGAAAACGCAACACAGCACUUUUUAAUACCUCAAAAAAGAAUUGAAGAAUGGUUUAAAAAUAAUGUUAAUAACUAUACAAAAAAAGAGAAAGGACGAAAAUAUAAGGAAACUUUUGAUACAGAAUUUGAUUGUGUUUAUCAGAAAAUUCGUAAUUAUAAAAGUUAUGAAGAUAUCAAAGAGUUUGUAAACAAAUAUAUGACACAAGUUGACGGUCUUGACUGGCAAUUGAAUAUUAAAGAUAAUUCAAUUACUGAAAAAUUUAACUUAUUCCAUGAAGCUAUCAUAAAAGAGCUCAAUACUAAAAGGAAUGGUCAUUAUCAAUUAGAAGAGGAAUCACUGCCAAAUUUAUCUGAUGAUGAAUUGAUCAAGAAAAGGCUAGGAUGCACAGAACCAUGUUACUGGUGUGGUGCUAUGUGUUGGGGAGAAAGAGGCCAUGAUGAAAACAGUGAUGAAACAAAAAUACAUCAUUCUAGCCAUCAACCUGGAGGUCUUAACGGGACAAAAUUUACAAGCUCCAAAAAACUAGUUGCAAUAGCAUGUCAUAACCGUCCGGAUGGUAGACGAAUGAAGUAUAAAGGAACUAAGAAAGCAUGGGGUGAUUUAAAAUCUACUGACUUCAAAGACUGGAGAUUUGGACCCCAUUACAAGAAUGAUUUUAAUGAAAUUAUGUGUUGGUUUUUUGAAAUGCUGCACGAAGACUUGGCAAAAAGGUUUUAUGUUAAGCCAGCAGAUGAGUCAGAGUUAGAAAAUCAUGGUUGCUUAAACAAAGAUUACUAUAAAAUCAUUAGUGUAUUACGUCAGUGUCUUGAAAAUAAGUGCUCUAACUAUGAUGAAAACGAAGUGUCGGAUCAUGUUAAUUCUGGUCUCUCCGAUCUGGCACCUACACUAUAG